CUUGAUUUGUAGUAUGAUUGGUGGAGUUGAGGGGCCUGAUCGUAUCUUUGUUGGUGACUUGCCAUACUACUUUACUGAAUCACAGAUACGGGAAUUGCUUGAAUCCUUUGGACCUUUGCGUGGGUUUGACCUCGUUAAGGAUAGAGAGACGGGAAACUCCAAAGGAUAUGGUUUUUGCAUCUAUGAGGAUCCAGCAGCAACGGACGUUGCUUGUGCUACUCUUAAUGGCUUGAAAAUGGGGGAUAAGACCAUAACUGUUCGGCGUGCUUCCACCAGCAAUGAGCUGGUUAACACAGAACACGAUAGUAUAUUAGCUCAGGCACAACAACACAUAGCUUUUCAGAAAAUGGCCUUGCAAGCUGGUGGUGUGAGUCUUCCUGGAAUAGGUGUAGGACCCAUAGCAUCCACAGAGACUCCAACCAAAGUUCUAUGCUUGACUGAGGUAAUUAAUGUUGAUGAACUGAUGGAUGAUGGCGAGUACGAGGAAAUAGUAGAAGACAUUAGGGAAGAAGGGGGGAAGUUUGGAGUCUUGACGGAUGUCAUUAUUCCCCGCCCAGCUCCUAAUGGGGAGCAGGUUCCAGGUGUUGGAAAGGUGUUCUUGGAGUAUUCUGAUGCUGCUGCUUGUGCCAAUGCAAAGGAUGCACUUAGUGGCCGGAAAUUCGGGGGCAAUGCUGUGACUGCUGUGUAUUAUGCCGGAGACAAAUAUUACAAUGGGGACUACAGCGCUUAAGUCACAGCAAGUGCU